UCACCAACUCAUGCUGGAUUGAGCUGGAUUGUCCCACUUUUGAGACCUGUUCUUUGUCUCUUUCCGCGUCGUCUUUCCCUUCGUUGACCCAGCGGAGGGCGUCGACAUCUGCGGUGAGUUGGGACGCCUCUGUAGCGCGUCUUCGGAUACCUUGGUUCUGAGACAAUCUUUGCGCCCGUUUCAACUGCAAUUUUGCCUAUCAAUUGCUCAGCGCUGCGAAGAUGUCGGGCUCGACCUUCGAGGAUCUGAAGGGAACAGGCGAUGGAGAGGACUGGGUGCUCGUCUCAAGGGACUGGUGGCGUACCCCCUACAGCGCCGUUUCUUGGACGAAGAAUGAAGCUCCGUCCGAGUGCCUGCUCCAGCGUAUCCGCCAACAGCGCAAGCGGACCAUCUAUCUCGAUGGCUCUCACUCUUCCGAUGCUGUUUUGGAGAACUGCUCUGGUACUCUGGCUACGGAGUUAGGGGCGGCACCUGAUCUAGAGCUGCAUGUAGACUUGCUGGGGGUCAAGCUUGCGGACAGUGUCCUGAGGGCGUACGAGACAAUCGUCGGAUUCGAGGGAAGCUCGGACGGCACACAGCUUCUCCGGUACAGCAUGGAGGAUCUGCUGCCGCGGCGUAGGCAAAUCGGCGGAUAUGAUGCGGAAGGCUGUGAUACAGAUGCUCUGCGAGAGCGAUGGGUGCGCCAGGUUGAGUUCGUGUUUGGAGGUAUUCUCAAACUGUCCUCUGAGCCACUGAAUGAGGUGAGUGAGGACGAAGCCGACGCGAUUCUCAAGCAGAGCGCCUUUUCGUCGCUAUGGAACUUGGACCUCGCUCCGGGCCCGAGUAGUCCUGUUCGAUCACGUACCCCGAGCUCCAUGACAUCCUCCAUCGACCUGACCGAUUCUGAGACGUCGGAGGCCCUACCUUCUACCCCGAAGACUCAGCCGUCCACGCUCGAGAGUCAUGGUUCCAAGGAGCGUCACGACCUCUCUGGGUCCCCUUCCAAGCGCUUGAAUGCGUCAGCCACGUCAUUUAUUCCGUCAUCUUCCUCAUUCAGCAACAGCCGCCAUUUGUAUGAGGACCCCCUUUCACCAUCGUGGCCUGCCGUUGCGUCUUCUUCACUCUUACCAAUAUCUGACUUUCAAUUCCCUCCCCUGCCUCCCCCUGCUGUCCGUCCUUCUUCCAUGCCAUCCAAGCUACGGGAGGACGAGCACGGCUUCUACACUGAAGUGCCCGCCACUCCCUCGAACGCCGGACAGGAUCUCCCGCGGCGGCAGGCGGCUACCCCCAAUCUCCCGACGUUCUUGCUCUCGGAGAGACGAGAUUCGCCGGGCCCGAGUCGCAAGUCUUCGAAGACAAGGGAGAUUGUCGACCAGAUGCGACAGGGUAGCCCGAGGCAGCGGAUAAGACGGGCGAAGAGCAAGUCAGAAGACCAGGAGGAAGGUGAGGCCGAGCAGGGUUGUGAUGGCUGGAUCCGGGCUGAGGGCAAGAUGGACAUGGAUGCGAGAGCGCAGAGGCGGAAGGAACUUGUAGCGGUGUUAGGCUCGCGCGAGGGUGUCCAAGUCUCGGGAUGCGUGCCUAUGUCUACCAAAGGUCAGGAAGGGGCGACGAAGCCGAAAGUGAAUCGCUCGCGAUCGCGCGACCCGUCCAAAGCUCAGUCACAAAUAUCUGAGGGUGGCUGGAUCGAGGGAUCGGCCCCGUCCAAUGGUUCCGUCGUUCCACGCUCUCGUUCGAAAUCACGCCCACGGCAGCAUACCCGUAACCGUAGUUCCAUGUCGGUUCUGUCAGUGCCCUCUCUGCCCCCGACGCCCAGCAUUGUUCCUGUCCCACAUCCCAUGAUGCCCGUACCUUGUUACCCUCUUGCGCCCACGUAUACGUAUCCGGUCCCCGCAGUCAAUCCCGCGAUGUAUACCGGGUUCCAGCAGCAGCAGACGUAUAUCCAGUUGCAGAUGCCGUAUCCGUAUCCCGCGGUGGCGCCUGCACCUUACACGUACCCUUAUCAGCCAGUGUCGGUACCACCGCGCGUUCCGAUGCCAGUGUUGGGACAGUACGGCGAACCGCCGCUAAGUUCGAAGGUUAUCACCGGGUCGGCUGGGAUGAGACAUACGCCAUGGUGAGCGUGCUGUCUGGGGGCGAGCUUCAACGAUCGCGUCCCGCUCAAUGGGUUUCAAAUACUCAGGUAUCAUAUGUUGUAAAUCUCCUGCAUCACUCACAACACAAUUUUUGGUCUUUCGUUUCUUUAUGGCCUCCCCUCACCGCUUUUGAUAUAUUCUGGUCAUGGCGCCAGCCGGUAGUAGUACCCCCUGGGUUCGCCACGGACAUCAUACUCUUUGUUGUUCUUUAGUUUGUGUACAUGUGUAGGUAGUAGUAAGUAGUACAUAUGCUGUCCUCUUCUCUUGUCCUGCCUAAUAUUAUUGAAUCUCGGUCG